AUGCCUAGCAGCAACAGCAGCAACAGCAGCAGCAGCAGUAGCAGACGGAUUACCAGCCUGGAUCGACGACGACUGACGCAGCUGACAAAAUGGUGCACGCUUUUCAUCAUUUUAGAGUCUACGAGCGUUGGAAGCAGUUUAAUAACUUCCCCCAGUAGUACCUCAGCCAGUACCACGAGCACAGAUACCACUACCAGCAGCACUACCACAACCACCAACACCAUCCCCAGUAGCAGCAGCUGGCUGGAAAGUACGAGUCCCGCUAGCACCCCUGGAUCCUACUUCACAACCGCAGCCACAGUUCCUUCCAUCGAAACACUGCCCCGUUUCGAAGCACUCGUGCAGGAAAGUCCAAACAGUUCCCGGGGCAAAACACUACCCCUGCUGGGUUCGGGUGCACUCCGAGAGACCUUGUCCCAGCCGGACGGUGGCCGAGGACUAGCGACCAGCAAGCGUGGUCCGGCUAGCAGUAGUAGUAACGCUAUUAGCAGUAAAGGUAGUAUCACUAGCACCAGCGUCAGCAAUGGCAUCAACGCACACACAACCGUCGCACCGACACUGGUGGACGCGGUGGAACCGAGCGGUAGUGGAGCGAGCAGUAGUUUUAGUAAAAUCAUUAGCGCCAAUCUAAUACUCGCCGAAGGCGGUGGACACGGGGAGGUCGGUAAGAUCGGACCGGGCCAAAAGGUGCCGGUCGGAUUCUCGGGCAGCAGCAGCAAGGUGAGCUCUGGGAAAGUUUCCAAUGCGAAAGGUGCAUCGUCGGAGGUGGAACCGAGUGGUAAUCGGCUCGAGGGUGGUGAUGUGGUGACCACAUCCGAGGGUAAUUUCAGUAAGAUGUACUUCGAAACCGACAACCACACUACCAUUGCGUCCCAGGUCGGAUCGAUAGCGGUGUUGCCGUGUGCGGUGCGUAACAUCGGUGAAGGUGUGGUGUCAUGGAUCAGGCGGAAAGAUUAUCACCUGCUCACGAUCGGUGUCACUACGUACAGCAGUGACGAGCGGUUUAACAUCAUCCAUUCGGAAGACACGGAGGAAUGGCCACUGCAGAUCAAGUACGUGCAGUUACGAGACGCCGGUCUCUACGAAUGUCAGGUUUCGACACAUCCACCGACGUCAAUCUUCGUCAAGCUCGACGUGGUCGAAGCUAAGGCGGAAAUUUUUGGACCGUCGGAAAAGUAUCUAAAGCCGGGCUCGAUGCUACGGCUAACGUGUCGCGUCGUGCAGAGCAAUGAGCCACCGUUGUACAUAUUCUGGUAUCACAACAAUCGCAUGAUCAACUACGAUGCACACCGGGGCGUCAACGUAUCCACCGAGGCGGACAAUCGGUACUCGGAGCUUGUCAUUUCACACACGAAUACACUUAACUCGGGAAACUACUCGUGCGUUUCAAACAAUGCUGUAGCUGCAUCGACGCUGGUGCACAUACUAAACGGCGAAAACCCGGCAGCCAUGCAACACGGUGAUCAUGGAAAUGCGGUCCUGGUAGCAUCUCAUAUUCAUCUGCCGCUGGCAAUUGUAACAUAUCAGGUCAUCAAUUUCGUCUUAAAUAUGCAUUGAGUUCACUGCACAACGAGAACACGGUGCGAUGGACUAAUAGUGGUGUGGCGAGUGG